AUGGAGUUCUUCUUCAUCCCAGGUACCUGCGCCCUGGCGGUCCACAUUGCCUGUCAUGAAGCAGGCAUACAUCUACAGCUCCGGCAGCUCGAACGUACUCCAACAGGUCUGCAGGUGAAACUCGGAGACGGCAAGCCUCGCGAUUACAUGUCUCUCAACCCGAAAGGCAAAGUGCCGGCGAUCCGGUUUCACGAUGGAGGGAUCUUGACCGAAAAUCAGGCGAUCUUGCAAUACAUCGCUUGGGAGCUCACUCCCAAAGAGAAGAUGCUCAUACCACAAACCGGUCCUGCCCGGUGGAGAGCUGUUGAACUGUUAAACUUUAUUACGACAGACCUUCAUAAGGGCUUCUCGCCACUUUUGAACCGCGACAUUUCAGCAAAGCAUAGAGAGGCGGUCAUUCGGGAUCUAGGAAAGGCCUUUACGGUCUUGCAAGACAUUCUUGGAGACAAGCCAUUUUUAUUGGGCGAAGAGUUUAGUGUGGCGGACUGUUAUGCUUGGACAGUUCUGACAUGGACGAGAUUCUUCGAUGAUAUCGAUCUGGCAAAAUGGCCGCGUCUCGUCAAAUAUCGCCAAAGGAUUCUGCACAGGCCUAGUGUUCAGAAGGCCCUGGAGGAAGAAGGAUUGAAGUUGGAGCUCUGA